AUGACGGAACAAUUCGUCCACGACGUGGUCAUAAUCGGCGCCGGCCCCUGCGGUCUCGCCGUCGCCUCCCGCCUCUGCGAGCACUCCCCCUCCGCCCUCUUCACGGACGAGGAGCACCAGCGGUACCACUGGAUCCGCAAAUACGGCCGCCGCAUGCCGCUCAAGAACCGCCGCAACGGCGCCAUCAUCGAGAAGCGCACCCCGGCUCAGUUCCAGCGUUAUUCUACACUCGUCCUCGACGCCACGGGCGACGAGUGGCUCAACAAGUGGAACCGCCUCUUCAAGACGUUCGACAUCACGCACCUGCGCAGCCCCAUGUUCUUCCAUAUCGAUCCGAUGGACCGCGACUCGCUUCUCGCGAGGGCCCACGAGCGGAACCAGGAGGGCGAGCUGCUCGAGCUGAGGGCCUGUGUUGGCAAGGAGAUUAGCAAGCACCUGCGCAAGGCGAGGGUGAAGUCGAGGAAUCCAAAACAACACGCCGUCGUCGAGGUCGACGAGCGAGACCGCAAAGACUACUUCACCCCGCCCACGAACCUCUUCGCCAACCACUGCGACUGCAUCGUCGAUCGCUACGGCCUGCGCGAGGGCCUGAUCCAGAACGAGAAGGUCCAGGACAUCGAGUACCGCGUCAUCAAGCACGUCUCCCCAGACGCGAACCUCUUCGCCGUGCACACCGACAAGACAAUCCACUACGCAAAGUCCGUCGUCCUCGCCGUCGGCCCCGCCAACGCGCCCACCAUCCCGCCCGUCCUCGGCCUCAACUCCGACCCCUCCAGACCGCCGCCGCAGACCUGCCACAGCAUGCAGAUCCAAAAGUUCCCCGACCCCGUCGUGCAGGCCAAGAUCGCGGCCCGGCGCACCAGCAACGUCCUCGUCGUCGGCGGCGGGCUCACGUCCGCGCAGCUGUCGGACCUCGCGCUCCGGCGGGGAGUCACGAAGGUGUGGCACCUGAUGCGCGGCCCGCUGCGCGUGAAGCCGUUCGACGUGGACCUCGCGUGGAUGGGCAAGUUCCGCAACGUGGAGCAGGCGUACUUCUGGAGCGCGGACUCGGACGAGGAGCGGCUGGCGCAGAUCCAGAGCGCCCGCGGCGGCGGGAGCAUCACGCCGCCGUACCACAAGCGGCUGAAGCAACACAUCGCACGGGGGAGCUUGGAGCUGUGCACGAACACGAAGCUUGCGGAGGCGCGGUUCGACGAGGAGAGGAAGGUGUGGAACGUGAAAACGGAGCCGCCUGUGGAGAUACCGGCGGUGGAUUAUAUCUACUUUGCGACGGGCGUGCAGACGGACUAUGCGAGUUUGCCGUAUCUGCAGACCAUGUUGCGGGAGUAUCCGAUCCACGGGCACGGGGGCAUGCCGUGUAUCAAUGACGAUUUGAUGUGGAAGGAGGGGGUGCCGUUGUUCGUCACGGGACGGCUUGCGGCGCUGAGGCUGGGGCCCGGAGCGGGGAACUUGGGUGGGGCGCGGUCCGGCGCGGAGAGGGUUGCUUGGGCCAUUGAGGACUUGAUUCCGAAUAGGGGCGGGGAUGAAUUUGUGGAGGAUGAGGAGAUGAAGUUUGUCACCGGGCGGGGCAACCGGUUUGAUAGUCUAGUGUCUGCUGGGGAGGAUUGGUGA